AUGGAUGAGGGAAAUUACAGUGCCAUUGCUGAGUUCAUUUUCUUGGGGUUCAGUAGUGAUCCAGAUUUGCAGAUCAUACUUUUUGUGGUCUUUCUGAUGAUCUACAUGAUCACUCUCUUGGGGAAUCUGGGAAUUAUAGUAUUAAUCAAGAUUGAUGCUCAGCUUCACACCUCCAUGUACUUUUUCCUCAGCAACUUAGCUUCCUUAGACGCCUGCUUUUCCUGUGUCAUUGCUCCCAGGACACUGAUCAACUUCUUGGUGGAGCGGAAAACCAUUUCCUAUGCUGGCUGUGUUGCUCAGAUGGGCUUCUUUGCUGCUCUCGGGACUACAGAGUGCUUUUUGCUGGCUGCCAUGGCCUACGACCGCUUUAUCGCCAUAUGUCACCCGCUGCAUUAUUCUGUCAUGAUGUCCCGCAGGAUAUCUGUCUCCCUUGUAGUUGGGUCUUACAUGUAUGGAUUCCUGAAUUCCGUGAUCCACACAGUUUUCACCUUUAGUUUAUCCUUUUGUGGGCAUCGUACAAUUAAUCACUAUUUCUGUGAUGUCCCACCUCUCUUAUCUAUCUCCUGUUCCAACACAUCUGCCAAUCAGAAGCUGGUUUUUGUGCAAAUCAGUCUGAAUGGCCUCAGCACAACAGGGAUCAUUGUGGUUUCCUAUGCUUACAUCCUGUUCACCAUCCUGAAGAUACGCUCUUCUGAAGGCAAACACAAAGCCUUCUCCACUUGUGCUUCACACAUCAUGGUGGUCGCCAUAUUCUAUGGCACCACCUGCUUUAUGUACUUACGGCCAAUGUCCAGCUACUCCCUGGAGAGAGAUAAAAGAACAUCAGUGUUUUACACUUUUGUGAUCCCCAUGCUGAAUCCCCUGAUCUAUAGUGUGAGGAACAAGGAAAUGAAAGAUGCCAUGAGGAAGGUAAUAGAGAGAAAACCAUGCUCUCGCUGGUAA